CUCUCACCCCGUGUUAACUAUAUUUAUUCUGAACGUUAGUUAUCACCCAAUUUCAUUUGGCUUAUUAACUGAUUCAAGUUAACAACUUCAAAUUAGUCAGACCCAACAACAAUUCUUAAUUCACAUAAGUCCAAUCUACUGGUUUUAUGUGAUUCCAUGUAAUGGACUUCUGGACUGACUACCACCAUAUGUUAACCGUAUUUAACUAGACAAUGGUUGUAACAAAUACCCGAUUUGGAGAAGUUCAGUACUAAAAAGCAUGAUUAUGUAACUAAACUGAUUUCGUUUACAUAUGAGAAUACUCAGAAUGUAUGUUCGAUUUUCUUAGUGAUUUGAUGGCUACUGAAGGAUUUAAACUGUACAUAGAAAUAAAAUGAUUGUAACAUGGAAUGGUGGAGUAGAAUUACUAUUAUUAUUAUUAUUGUUCCAAGUUUUUUAGUUGUGUUUUAUUGACUGUGUUACAUGGAGAAAGAAAACUGUAAUAGUAAAGACGAGGUAUCUUGUGAUGUUUACACAAAUCAAAGUUGGUUUCAGCUCAUUCAAUUUAUUGUAUUGUAAAAAUCCUGAUCACUGAAUUAUUUGUCAGAACGUUUUCAAGGAAAAAUUGGCCUGGUCAUCGAGGCAGUCAAAACGACAGUCGAUAGUGUUUAUCGCCUGUUCGUUCAAUUCACUUGUAAGAAAAAUAUCGAAACGAUAGCUGACUUACUGAUAAACAUCUUUAUAGAUCCCUAGAGCGCCAAAUGGAGUCUUCUGAGCAACGACUCAACUGACCCCCAUGCUCUAUGAAAAAGUUAGUAAAUGUGACCUGACCUGAACCGAAGUCAAGAUGUGAAAGAAAAGACUGACCGGUUAGACAUCACAAGUUACUCGGCUCAGAAGAUGUGUGUCACGCUAAACGUAAACGUUUACGUGAUCGGUAUUUUGUUUGCCAUCGUUUUUAAGGGUAGCAAUUUUUUAUGUGAUAGGGUGAAAUGAGAAAAAUCCAGUCUGUGCGGAAAUUGACUAGUAUGAUAUUGAUUAUGUAUUUGAACAGUUAAAUUCACGACGAGGUGAUAUGAGCUAGAUCAAAGGUGCUGGGUUGCAUUUCGUAGUUCGGGAUGAAGGAUGCGCGCUGCUGAGGAGGAGUUGCAUAGUAGGACGAAACGACCGUCUAGUGCUUCAGUGGUGGUUUUCUAUGGUGAUGAUCUAGCUUAGAUUGACUCCUGAAUUCAAUUGUUAAAAUACUACAAUCUCUACAGGUUCUCUUACUGAUGAUAAUGAUAAAUCGAUAUUAAUUAUAUACUUCUGCAAGUAUGAUUGUCAACUUGACUGACUGUAUAUAAACUAUGGAAAACAUUGUGUAUGCAUGCAUAUAAGAUUUUGAUUUAUGUUGAGGGUGAAGUAAAUCCUUAUCACCCGUCAGUCGUCGUGUUUGCGGUUUUCGGUACCAAGUAUAAGUCAAUUAAGCAUAGCCAUAGACAUAACAGUGACAGAUGUAAUAAUUUCCAUCUUGAAUUCUUUUAAUUACUAACUAAUCAAUUUUAUCAUACUGUAAUGUAAUGAGUAUUGUAACUUUGGAAAAUUUCUCAGUAGGUUUUCACUGUCGGUGGUGUUGGUUGCAGUAAUGUGCGUUAUAGUGUUAGUCAUUAUUUUUAGCCCAUAAUAUAUCAUAUUCUAGUUUCCGGACAUUCCAUUCUACUUGUUCUACUUGAGUCAUGUUUUGACCUUGUUAAUUAUUCGCUUAUCAGUAGUCUUGACUGUUUUUAUAUGAGCGUAUAUUUGUGUACACUUCAUGUCCCAUGACUCAUCACAUGUCUGUAGUUUAUUUUGUCUGCCUAUAAAUAUUGGGUAAUGUCCGGCUUGAAAUGGAGUUGGCUUCCCAGCCAUCUUCCAUACGUGUUAUUUUUGCUUUGCUAUGUUUCAUUCGCUUCAUGUACGAAAUAUAUGUAUUCACAAGUCAAUUCUCGUUAUUCGACUUAUUUAAUUCCGUUAUUGGAUAACGUGAUUUAAGUCGACGAUUACGUACGAGAAUAGGCGAUAACAAACAUCCAUACAAUCAUUCGUACGCUCUAAAUGGAGUCAGAUCAACGGGUCACAAAAGCGUCUACACGAAAUGAUGAACUUGAUGUCAGAAGAGUAAUGUGCAAAAUGAUUGGCAAUUGAUGGGCAUUUUUUGCAUUGAUUGAUAAUGGUGUUACGAUGGCACAUAGUGGUGGAUGCCUAGUGUUUGAUGCCGAUUUAACUUGAUCCCUGAAAGACUCUGUCGUCGUCUCUCAACGCUAUUGUACGGAUGUUGUUGAUGCAGAUUGACGUGAUGAAUGAUAACAUGUGCAGAUGUAUAUAUUUUAAAAUAUAUUGUUGUUCUGAUGACUCGAUAUUUUUCGAUUUGAACUGUGCUUAAUUGUUUACACUGUCGCUAGAUAGGUAGGUAGUUAGGUGGUUAGGUUUGGUAGUAGGGAGAUAGAUAAGCAGAAAGAUCAUUAUUCGUUGUCUCUAGAGUCAAGUUCAUCUCUCUUUUGAUUCGCUUUCAUUGUAGUUGCUUCAGAAUUAUUGAUUGUAUUUGGUUUAUUUGGUAAGUAGUAUUCUGCAAGUCACUUUAGUGACAAAUUGUUUCAUAUCUAGUGUAGUAAAAGUAAUAAAAGUAAGCCUAUGAAUAGAAUAAUAGUGGUUGGAGUUAUUAAGGAAGAUGAAUCAGUUUAGGCAAAAUAAAAGCUUAGCAAAUGAAUGGGUUUGGUUUAUCACCUUAUAGAAUUGUUGUCGACCUAGUUAUAGUUAUUUACUGACGAGUUGUAUUAUAGGUAAUAGGUUAUCUACAUCAUAUCUAGAUGUGAAUGUUUUCUUCUAUCCUUACGUUUUUGUUAUUGUUUUUAAAGAUUCCCAUACUCAUAUCGUCUUGUUUUAUUCAUCUUUUAGAAGAGAUGGGUAUCCGAGGGUUGUGGACGUAUAUAGAAAGCAGCGGUGGAAACUUAUCCGUGUAUGAAUUGCAUAAUCAGCCUUUAGUUAUUGAUGCUGAGAACUUUGCUACCGCCUGUUAUCGUGAAGCUGCUUUGCAAUGUGAAUUUGGUGGAGAGUAUUUGGCAUUUAAGAGUUAUGUGCAGUCAUUGUUAAAAGAGUUUAGUAUCUGUGGUGUGGAGCCAAUUUUCGUUUUCGGUGGAUGUCAUCCGAAAGAGGGAACAAAAUUGGAUACUUUGAUGAAGCGGAACAAAGAGUACUUUAAACAACUCUCAUCAGCUCUUCUGAUUGCUAAGUCAACUUGCAGCACAGAGUUGAACAUUGAUAUAGCUCCACGACUUAACAGAAAUGUCCUGGUUGAAAUUCUGCGUGAAUCUUCAAUUCGAUACAUAGCAUGUGAACGUGAAGCUGAUAUCAGUACAGCAGAACUUGCUGUUCAUCUUCAAUGUCCUGUGACUAGUGGAGAUUCUGAUUUUUUUAUUUAUCGACCAAAUGAUAAUAAUCAAGCGUAUCAUUUUAUUCCAUUUUCAACUGUUUCACGUUAUUCUAAGAAGAGAUCCGUCCCUUGUUCUAUUUGUAAACGGAGUGGUGCUCCAUGUUAUGUCAUGUCGUGUUCAAUUCUUAAUAAUUCAGGACCAUUUUCUAAACUCAAGUAUCCUAUGUUACCACUUUUUGCCAUCCUCGUUGGUAAUGACAUGAUAUCAAAUAUUCGCCUUCCAACUAUCAUCGAUUCACUAAUCCGUACUUCUAAAUUACAGAGGAAGUCCUACUAUCAACGACGUAUCGAUGCUAUUUUUAACUGGCUGUUAAGUUUCCGUGACAUAGAAGAACCAUUGUCAUUGGUGUUGUCACUUUAUGAGGAAAACGAAAGGGAUGGUAUUGAAGAGACAAUCCGUUUAGGGAUUUCGGAUUAUGUUCUAAGUAGUUCAGGAGAAAACCUGGCUCGUGAAUUAGGCUUUUCAACUGAACACAAUAUCUCAUCAAGUGUUUCGUUGUCAAGCAAGAUGGGGAAUUUGAGCAUUCAGGAUCCCACAACUUAUCGGGGUUCUUACUGUGAAGAUGCUUCCAAAUUUUCUAAACCUAUAUUCGAGAGAAAUGAUGAAGACAGUAUGUUUCACCGUUGGCCGAAAGAAUUGAUUAGGCGAUUUAGAUUUCUGGACUUAAUCCCAUCCCUAUUUGACCACAUGUAUGUACGAAAUGGCGCUUUUUCUCGUUUACUAAUGGAGGACAUAAAGAUUCCUAAUUCGCUUAAUGAAUGUAUGUCGAAGAUGAGAAGUGCUAUAAAUGGACUUAUAUAUGGACUUGAAAACCACUUGGGCACCAAUGGAAAGUUAUGUGGAAUGGAGAAUGAGUGUGUCAUUGAGUAUAGGAGAAACCUGAAUGGUGAUUUUACGAAGACUUUAAUGUCGAUGAAGCCUCUGAAACCCCCUAGUGCUGAAACACCUGGAUUGUCGUUCUUAUCUUUUUUCUCGAAAUUGUUCAAUGUGAAUUUGGAGAAAGAUUUUAAGCCUCUUGAAAUACAAGGUUUGGGUAUUUUAUUAAUUCUAUGGUUCAGAUGUUCAUCUCAUGCUCAAAACGAAGCUAAAAACAUUAAGACAUCGCCUGUUGCACUUGCGUUGUCAUGUUGUACAAUCGCAAUGAAUUCAAAUCGUGAAUUUCUCGGUAGAAAUCGUGAUGUUGAUGGAGAUUUCGCUAACUUUAUUCGCACACAUCUCGAUAAGUGUGCUGAUGUGGCCAAAUCAAAUUGUUGUCAAGAAGUAAAUAAACGUUCCUUUUGUAUUGAGCAAGUUCACCAACUUAAUGAAUUGCAAAGUAUGGCCACUGGUUUAAAGCAUUUAGUUGCAAUGAUUGAGGUGCUUUGUCCGUUUUAUAUGUCAAAUAGUAAUAAAUUUGAUAGUUGUUCACAUUUUAGAAAUCCUUUCAUAAGCUUUUAUCCAUUUUGGAUGUUAUUUGCCAGUGGACGUCUUUUAUAUUGGAUUAGUCGACUUCUACAAAAUAUUGAUCCAUCUGAACGUUUCCAUAAAGUUAUGAAUGAGUGGCUUCCAAAAUUGCUUAUAAGGACCAAUUCUGGACGUGAACAAGAAGGUUGCGCCUCAAAAGAUCUUACCAAACUUUUCAACCUAAUUGAUAAGUUGAACUCUUGAGAUCUACUUACUCAUGGUUCGGUUUCUAUUAUUAUCAACGCUAGUAUUCGUUUUAUUAUUUCUGAUAAACUGUCAUUUUUAAUUUAUAUAAACAUACACACGUAACACAUGGAUGGUUUGUUGUCGAAACUUUAAACUCUCAUGUCAUACUUGCACAUCGAUUUUCCUAAUAACUAGAAUCAUUCAAAUAUUUUAAAUAUACAUUUCAUCAAUUCA